AUGAAAUAAGAGGAUUCUCAAACACCCAGUCUUUGUGGUUACUUAAACUUCUUUCAAGUCUUAGGAGAUAUGGAAUCAGAAGGUCUAAUCUCAUAAUAAGAGAAAAGACUCAUCAAGUAGAAAUUAACCAUUAAAGAACCAACCCUAAUGCUUCUUUUAUCAAAAUAAAAGGAAGUCAUCAAAAUCAAAUCAGAAUUACUAUCAUACUUGUCUUCAUUUCAAAUUACUCGUUCUAAAUCACAUACUCAAGGUUUUAGUCCAUCAAAAAAAUAAGGAUAACAAUUAUAAGUACUUUAGAUUUAUUCAUAUUUCACAUAGUCUUAAACCAUCUAACUUAUGGAUCAACUAAUUAUCUAAUUAAAAUGUAUGUAAUAAUAUUCCAAUAAACAUGUAAAAUUUGUAUUAUUUAUUAUUGAAUUAGACUACCUUAGAAUUUAAGUCUAAAAUUGAACAACUAAGAAACAUACUCAAUUCAUUAGAUUAAGAUGAAGACAUUGAUUAUUCCUUUAUAGAAUUACUUUAAUCAAAUUAUUAAUAAAUAAAGGUAAUAUUGUCGUUACACUUAGCAAAGGUAUUCUCGUUAUAUGAAUUCACUCCUUGAAUUGAUGGAUGAGAAAGUUGAACCUAAGGAUAUCUAGGCAUUUCUAAACACCUUUCUAAAUUAACUUAUUGGAUGCCAAUCUUAUAGUUUCAUACUUCUCAAAGAUUAAAAGGUUCAAAUUCAUUAAGAUGAUAAAUUUGAAGAAUUCCAUAUCACUAAAGAUGUCCUUGAUGAAUUAGUUAAUUUACAAUCAAUAACUGAAGUUCAAUCUUUGAAUACUAUCAAAUAAUACUACACAAAUCCUCAUAAUUAUAUACUAAAACUCACAGAUUUCUAAUAUUUUAUUAUGCAAUUAGAUCCAAAUUUUAUAUCAUUUGUUAUGUUAUCUAAAAAAUAUAAUUACAUGGAUUCCUUAAUAGAUUUAGCUCAAUUUGUAAUAUAUACUUCAUAACAAAUCAAAGUCUAAUAUUUUAGUAUUUUAUCUAUUGGAGACACAAUAUUGGAGUUUGGUCUGGAAAUAGUAAGAUGCUCAAAGUAUCUAUUAAUUGAUAAUAUUCUUUAAACAAUUAAUAAACAAUAUUAGAUCUAAGAGAUAUUUGAGAAUUAACCUAAUGUUAUUACUCUCAAAUUUAAGGACUCUUCCUCUCAAUAUCUUUAUGCCACUAAUUUAGAUCUUAGAAAAUAGUAAGACUUAUUGAUUUACAAUACUGUCAAUCAAUUAUAUUAACGAUACUAAUAGUUUAUUAAAUAAUGUUAUGAAAGAAUGCAAUUUUAUAAGUAUUUUUUAAGAUCUAAAAACUUAUUUAUGAUUGAUUUUGAUAAAUAGGGUCGUUUACGCUUUUUAAGUAGGGCUUUGUCACAAAAGAUUAAAAUAUAAUUUCAUAUUGAAAAAAUCUAAAUUGAUACAACAUAUAAGUAGAUCUUUACAUAGAAUCAAUAAAUGCUUCAAAAUAUUGAAAAUUAUAUUAGUAAUUAAUAAUGGAAAUUGAAUUAGUAGGAGGAAGACUAAAAUAAACAAUAUGAAAUAUUCAUAAGGAAAGAAGAAAAGCAAUUCAAAGGAUUUACUUUAAUCCUUUCAGAAAAUGAAUGGGUUAGAAAAAAGACACAACCUCCUACUAAUGGAAAGACCAUUAGACAAUAAUUGUUAUAGACAGAAACUAUGGAUUAUAUUAAGAAAUUAGAAGAAUUUAAUCCUGAUAUAAGAAAUUCUGUAGUUGCGAUGUACAUGCCUUAAAUAUAGGAAUUUAAUUCAAAUGCAUAACAAAGUUAGAAGACUCCAACUUUGGUUUUUAGAAAAAUUGAUAAGGAAUAAGUUGUUGGAAAGAAUAGUUUCUUUUUUAAAUAAAGAGAGGAAGAGAGAAGGUUUAUGAAAAUAAAUCCAAAUAAAUUUAAUGAGUCUCAUUUAAUACUUAAAGAAGAAGAUAAUGAAUUAGAUUCUUUGGAUUUUAAUAUUCAUUUAGUAAUAAUUUUAUAAAUAGUUUUAGAUUAAAUCUACAAUAGAGAAAUAAAGAAUAGUAUGGUCAAUUUUGGAGAGAAAUAAUUUUAAUUAAAUGUUUGCAUUACCAUAAGAUAAAAUGAUCAAUUUUUUAAUUGAAAUGGAAACUCAAUAUAAUAUGAAUAAUAAUCCUUAUCAUAAUUUUGAUCAUGGAGUUGCAGUAAUGCAAGCUGUAAAUUGUUUUAUUAAAUCAUUGACUAAACAAUUAGAUUAAUAAUUUUUUAAUAAUAUUACUAAGUUUUGUUUAUUGUUAUCAGCCUUAUGUCAUGAUGUUGCUCAUACAGGUAAGACUAAUGCAUAUGAAGCUAAUUCAUUGAGUCAAUUGGCAAUUCGUUACCAUGACAAAGUGGUAUUUUUUAUUGUGUUAACUCUUUUAUUAGAUAUUGGAAUAACAUCAUGCAGCAACAACCAUUAAAAUCUUAAGAGAUAGUUAAACUAAUAUACUUUGUAAUUUUUCUGAUUAAGAUUUCAGAACUUUUAGAAAAUAACUAAUUUCAAACAUUUUAUCAACUGAUAUGUAGGAUCAUUUCAAAAUGCUAAAGGAAUUUGAAUCUAGAAUAGAAUAAUAUGGUAAUGAUUCUGAAGAUUUAUCUUUAUUGUGUGGAAUGAUUACUCAUACUGCUGAUUUUAAUGGUACUGCAAGGAAAUGGCCAUAAAGUAGAUUAUGGAGUGAUAAAAUCAAUUAGGAAUAUCGUGCCUAGUAUGCAGAAGAAGGGAAAAAAGGUUAUCCUCAAUAACCAUUUAUGAAGGAUUUGGAUAAGGUAAAAUAGAGUAUAUAAUAUCAAAGUUGCAUGUGAUGUCUAAAAAUGAAAUUGGAUUCAUUAAAGUUAUAGUAAGGCCAUUGUAUCAUUAAAUGAAUUUGUUUGGUAAAGGAGCAUUUUAAAUUUGUAUGGAUAAUUUAGAUGAAACUAUUUUUGAAUGGGAGAAGUUGUAUUAGUAAGAGUUGAAGGCAUUACAAUAAUAAAGUAAUUAAUGAUUACUUAUUAUAUUUUUGCUAUAUUAAUAUAUAUUAUACAUUUACUAUAUGAAUAUAGGUAAGCCAGAUCUCAAAUGGGAUAUUCAAUAGAAGGCAGCCUAAAAUAUAAAAGAGAGACUCUUUGGAUAUCCUAGUCAUUAAAAUGAAUUACUUGUCUAAAAUCAAAUUAAGUAUAGUAUACCAACAAAAAUUGUAGGAUGCAUCAAUGAUCAAAAUUAAAAUGAUGUCAUUAAGAUACUCAAAUUCACAAAUCUUAAAGUAUGCAUUCUAUAUAGUUUUUUAGUGGUUAGUAAAAAACAAUAGAUUUGCUUAAGAUUAUAAUAAGAUUAAUAAUUAAAAACGAUAAGGACACUUGUCNCAAUAUAAUAUGAAUAAUAAUCCUUAUCAUAAUUUUGAUCAUGGAGUUGCAGUAAUGCAAGCUGUAAAUUGUUUUAUUAAAUCAUUGACUAAACAAUUAGAUUAAUAAUUUUUUAAUAAUAUUACUAAGUUUUGUUUAUUGUUAUCAGCCUUAUGUCAUGAUGUUGCUCAUACAGGUAAGACUAAUGCAUAUGAAGCUAAUUCAUUGAGUCAAUUGGCAAUUCGUUACCAUGACAAAGUGGUAUUUUUUAUUGUGUUAACUCUUUUAUUAGAUAUUGGAAUAACAUCAUGCAGCAACAACCAUUAAAAUCUUAAGAGAUAGUUAAACUAAUAUACUUUGUAAUUUUUCUGAUUAAGAUUUCAGAACUUUUAGAAAAUAACUAAUUUCAAACAUUUUAUCAACUGAUAUGUAGGAUCAUUUCAAAAUGCUAAAGGAAUUUGAAUCUAGAAUAGAAUAAUAUGGUAAUGAUUCUGAAGAUUUAUCUUUAUUGUGUGGAAUGAUUACUCAUACUGCUGAUUUUAAUGGUACUGCAAGGAAAUGGCCAUAAAGUAGAUUAUGGAGUGAUAAAAUCAAUUAGGAAUAUCGUGCCUAGUAUGCAGAAGAAGGGAAAAAAGGUUAUCCUCAAUAACCAUUUAUGAAGGAUUUGGAUAAGGUAAAAUAGAGUAUAUAAUAUCAAAGUUGCAUGUGAUGUCUAAAAAUGAAAUUGGAUUCAUUAAAGUUAUAGUAAGGCCAUUGUAUCAUUAAAUGAAUUUGUUUGGUAAAGGAGCAUUUUAAAUUUGUAUGGAUAAUUUAGAUGAAACUAUUUUUGAAUGGGAGAAGUUGUAUUAGUAAGAGUUGAAGGCAUUACAAUAAUAAAGUAAUUAAUGAUUACUUAUUAUAUUUUUGCUAUAUUAAUAUAUAUUAUACAUUUACUAUAUGAAUAUAGGUAAGCCAGAUCUCAAAUGGGAUAUUCAAUAGAAGGCAGCCUAAAAUAUAAAAGAGAGACUCUUUGGAUAUCCUAGUCAUUAAAAUGAAUUACUUGUCUAAAAUCAAAUUAAGUAUAGUAUACCAACAAAAAUUGUAGGAUGCAUCAAUGAUCAAAAUUAAAAUGAUGUCAUUAAGAUACUCAAAUUCACAAAUCUUAAAGUAUGCAUUCUAUAUAGUUUUUUAGUGGUUAGUAAAAAACAAUAGAUUUGCUUAAGAUUAUAAUAAGAUUAAUAAUUAAAAACGAUAAGGACACUUGUCUAUAGUUGAUUUAAAUGAUUGAAAAUUAUUUUAUAAGAAAUUUUUUAAUGAUGAAGCAAUAGUAGGUAAAUUAAAUUAAGAAUACUUAUAUAAAAUAUUUGGAAUUGGUAGUAAUGGUGGAAUUUACACAAUUGAAAAAGGAUAAGGAGGAUUAGAAUAGAGACAAGUAUUGGGAACUAAAAUAUCUUAUAUACAGAGAGAACUUUUUCACCUAAUCAUUAUAAAAUUGCUUUUCCAAGCUAAGAUAAAUCAAUAUAUUUAUAUGAUGUCUAAUCAGAAUAGAAGGAAACACUUAUUGGACAUGGUAAGGAAGUUUAUACUGUUUAAUGGAAUCCAGAGAAUAGUUUAAUACUUAGUGGAUUUGAUGAUGAAAUAAUUCGUUUAUGGGAUGCUUCUAGUUGAGAUGAAAUACUUAAUUUAAAAAGACAUAAUUUAGGAGUUAAAAAGGUUAGAUGGAAUAGAAAUGGAACAUAUUUUGCUAAAACAGGUAAGGAUAAACAAACUUUAUUGUUUGAUAUUAGAAAAUUAGAUACAGAAAUAUUUAAAUUACAUCAGAAUCAAGUAGACACUAUAUUUUGGCAUCCAAAUUAUUAGAAUAUAUUUCUUACUGAUGAUGCCAAUGGUUCUAAAUCAUGUUAUAAUAUUAAUACUCCAACAGAACCUAUGUAUAUAUAAAAUGUACCUGAAACUAUUUUAACAGAUUUAGCAUUGGAUUAAAGUGGUUCAAUGA